CUUGCUUUUUCAGAGGAAUGGUUUAAAUACAGUCCCACUUUUGGUUUUGUCAUGCAUUGAGCAUUCUCUGCUCUCUCUCUCUCUCUGAUCUCCACGCGCUGCCAUAUUCCUCUAAUGGAGCCCCGGUUCAAGGUCCGCCUCUCCCGUAUGUUCCAAGCCUCCUUCGCCUCCUGCCGUUCCCGUAAUCUCUCCGAUAUCAUCCACAAGCCCGUCUUCGUUCCUCCCCUUCACGACGCCACUUUCCGCAGCAUCCGACCCGACUCCGACCAAACCACCCAAAGUCUUAAUUCCUAUGCGGAUUUCGAUUUCGAUUUGGAUUUGCUUCUCCCCAAACGGAAAAUUGCCCGCCGGCGGUUUCCGCUCGCUCCAUUUCCCUCUGCGAUUUCCGGCGGCCGGACCUGUCCUCCGGCGUCUCCAAUUUCACCGCCCAAACCCUUCUCCGAGUUCGCCGAGAAAGCGACCGACAGGAAAAAGACGAAAAAGAAGAAGAAGAAGAAGAAGACGAAGCAGAGGAAGGAGAGUCCGUCGUCGGCGGUCGAAUCGAACUUCGGUGGCACGUGGUGGUACAGCAGCGACGACGAAGACGAAGACGAAACGGAGACGCUUUUCUCUUCCAAAUCGCGAUCUUCCGAUUCGUCGGCGUCUCAUCGCCGGCGGAAAUCUCGCCGGAGAAGAUCCGGCGGUGGGAGGCAGAGCAGGGGAAUGGGGGUUUUGCCGCUGAAUGGGGGGAAAGUGAAGGAUAGCUUUGCGGUGGUGAAGAAAUCGAGCGACCCUUAUAAUGAUUUCAGAAGCUCGAUGUUGGAGAUGAUCGUUGAGAAACAGAUUUUUUGUGUGAAGGAUCUUGAGCAGCUGUUGCAGUGUUUUCUUUCAUUGAAUUCCCACCAUCACCACAGAGUGAUUCUUGAGGUGUUCACUGAGAUUUGGGAGGCUUUGUUUUCUGAUUGGUGGGGAUGAUCUAUUCUUGAUCAUCAACAAAACUCCCCCAUGUUUUCUUUUUCUUUGUAAGAAUAAUACUAGUAAAUUCAUUCAGCCUAA